AUGGAGUCUCGGAAAGAACCAGUUCGCAGCAGAAGAAGAAAAUUAACCCUGACAUCUGAUUCUGAAGAUGAGACUAGAAAUGCAGAAAGAGAUAAAAGUGCACAAAGAAGGUCGUCUCGUAUUUAUGGAAAACAACAUAAGCCAGAGUUUAGACUUCCUUCUCGGGACACUAUCUGGAAUGAUAUUCCGUCUGUCACAACCACAUCAGCCCUAAGAAGACUUACACCUAAAAAAACGGUGAAUAAUUUCACUAAAGUAUAUAAUAAUUACAACUAUGAUGAUUUCGAAGACACAAGUGAUGAUGAUUCCUCUAUUGAAACCUCAGACUCGGGAGAGGAGAAAGAGAAACAGCACAGAAUUAAAAACUAUCACAAACGACUUCAAGUGCCAUCCAGUUCCAGCGAUGAUGAUGAUGAUAGGAAAUUGGAUGGAUCACAGAGAAAGCUCCAGCAGACCGCUAAAUGCUUGCUGAAGGAGCAAGAGAAAACAGGAACUGUUGCAGUCGUCAGUUUGACUGGCAGUGAGCUUGUUGAUGAUAGCAGGAUUGAUGCAGACCUUGCAGCUCCAACAGCUGCUGUUGAUUCAGAGGACAGUAAUGCUAGUGAUAUACUGUCACCUUCUAGAAAUGGACAUUUGAAAAAUUGUUCGGUGCUUCUUAGUGAUGACGACAGUGCAGAAAAUGAUGAUAAUAAUAGUGACAAAGUUGUUGACAGUCAUGAGGAACAGGAUAGUGUUUCUGGGUCUUCAGAGAAUGACUCUCCACUUGAAAGUAGGAGAUGUACGUUAGAGAAACAAAAGCUGAAACAGUUAAAUAUGUUUCAGAAGUUGAAAGAGGCACAGGCUAAAAGAAAGAGAAGUAUUUCAAAAACUUGA